AUGGACGCCCGCAAGCUGGCCGCCGCAGCCUUCCUCAAGCCUGAGCUCGAGACCUCCGACUACUACGACAUGCGCAAAGACGUGAUCUGCGCCCACAUCAAGAAGCACGUCGACGCCCGUACCCCUGUUUCCUCCUUCAACGAGCUCUACGCGGCUGUCUCCGCCAGCAUCGAGAAGGAGACCGGCUUCGCAGUGCCACCCAAUGGCGUGGAGAAGGCGUACAACAAGUGGAGGGUCGAGAGCGGUGUUGACGAGCGCACCUAUGUCACCAGUCGCCAGAACUUCCAGACCGAGGGAAUGCAGCAGGCGCUCGAUGAGGCGGGAAAGCAGAAGGCGCCUUCGACCUUCACGGGGCAUAAGGCGCAACGCGCCAUGUCUCAGUACCUCCAGAAGAAGUCUAAGGCCAUGAUAAUGCUGUUGCCCUGA